AUGCAGCCGGCCGUGCUCCUCGGCGUCCUGGGAGCCGCGCUGGUGGCUGUCUGUUCUGUGCCAGUGGACAACAGGAAUCACAAUGAGGAAAUGGUGGCUCAAUGCAUCAUCGAAGUCCUUUCAAAUGCUCUGUCAAAGUCCAGCGCUCCACCCAUCACUCCAGAGUGCCGCCAAAUCCUGAAGAAAAGUGGAAAAGAGAUUAAAGAUGAAGACAAAAGUGAAAAUGACAACAAAAAGUUUGAAGUAAGAUUGUUAAGAGACUCAGCUGACACAUUCGAGGCCCACACACCUUCAGGUGGGGAGGAAGUGAGAGCCCCCAAGGGUGAAGACAGCCAAGACCUAGCAAAGAAAAACAAAGAGAAGUGGGCACCGGAGGGUGGGCACAGCAGAGAAGAGGCAGGAGAGCCCCAACGGAUCCUUUAUCCCUCCGAGGGUCAAGAAGCAAAGACACACUUUCCUAAAAAGAGCAAGGAAGAGGACAAGGGGAAAGAGGAAGAAGAGAAAUCCCAGAAAAGGGAGCAGAGGGGAGACAGCAGUGAGGAGAGGCACCUUGGCAAGUCAGAAGAGACACAAAGUACCUUUCUCAACAAACGAAACCAAGCAGCAGUUAAAGAGCAGUCAGUGAGUAGGUAUGACAAAGAGUCUGCAAGACACUUGGAAGAAGAGACACACAGCCGGGAGGAGACACACAGCCGGGAGAACGGUCAGGAGAGUCAAGAGAUGGACAGGAGCCAGGAGAACUGGCCCCAAGAGUCUGAAAGCCAGCCGGGAAGCCGAGAAGCAUCGGAGGAGAGUGAGGAAGACACCAGCUCUGAGCUGACCAAACGCCGCCUGAGGCCCAGACACCACCAUGGGAGGAGCAGACCUGACAGGUCCUCCCAGGAAGGGAAGGCUCCCUCUGGGGAAAAGAGACCUUCCCCUGAGAGGUCUGAGGAGUCAAACGUGGGGAUGGCCGGUGUAGGGGAAAAGAGGGACCAUCACGCACCCCACUCCAGGGCUUCAGAGGAAGAACCUGACUACGCAGAAGAAAGACAUCCCAAUGUCCAGGCUCCUGAGGACCUGGGAGGGGAGCAACAUGGAGGCAGAGGGAGUGAGGAGUACCGGGUACCAAGGCCUCACCUCGAGGAGAGUCAGGAGGAGGACAAGAGACGUGGCCCCAGCUCUGAGCUUGAUGACAUGGGGCAUGGCUAUGAGGAGGGAAGUGAGGAGGAAAGGGGCUAUGCAGAGAGAAGGGGACACCACAGAGGCAGGGGAGGGAAGCCAGGUGCUAAUUCUGCCCCUGACACCAGAGAGGAGAAGAGGUUUUUGGGAGAAGGAUACUACCACGUUAAAGAAAGCCAGGUGGACAAGGCAAAGAGGUACACCCCGCGUGAGUGGGAUGAGGAGGACAGAAGUUACCUCGGCUAUGGCAGGGGGGAUGGUGAAGGAGCCCAAGGCAAGUGGCAGCAGCAGCAGGAGGACCUGCAAGACACUGAGGACAACAGAGGCGCAGCUCGCCUUCAAGACAAGCCGCCUGCUUCCCACCGGGACAAGAGGAAGCGGUUAGAGGAGCUGCUCAACCCAUACUAUGAUCCUACCCAGUGGAAGAGCAGCCGCUUUGAGAGAAAGGACAACGUGGAUGACGAUUUUCUUGAGGGUGAUGAGGAGAAUGGGUUGACUUUCAAUGAGAGAAGUUUCUUCCCAGAAUACAACUACGAGUGGUGGGAGAGAAAACCCUUUGUGGAGGACAUGAACUGGGGCUAUGAGAAGAGAAACCUAGCGAGGCCCCCCAAGCUGGAUCUGAAAAGGCAGUACGACAGAGUGGCCGAGCUGGACCAGCUCCUUCACUACAGGAAGAAGGCAGCAGAAUUCCCAGACUUCUAUGACUCUGACGAUCAGCUGACCACACGCCAGGCAGCAGAAGACGAGAGGGACCGCGUGGACCAGAGAGUUCUAACAGAGGAAGAGCAAAGAGAACUUGAAAACUUGGCUGCGAUGGAUCUGGAACUGCAGAAAAUAGCUGAGAAGUUCAGUGGUAACCGCAGGGGCUGA